AUGCUUUUAACUGUCAGUGAUCCAGUCAUUGCAAGAAUUUUGAUUCGUUUAGAUGGUUACAUCUUUGGUACACAGCAAUUGCAGAUUCGCCUGUUUGAUCCCAAUUCACCACUGGCAGCCGCCUUACAGCCUUCUAGUCCUGAAAAUGGAAAAUUGACGACAAUUGAUAUUUUAAGAAACUUUUUAAAGAGUCGAUGGAACGUUGAAACAAAGUACUUGAAUUUGGAUGAUAUGGCUUCUGAUCCUAUCUUGAAGAAAUCAGCCAUUCGUCCACCUGGUGCACCAGGCUCCAACGCGAUUGUUGGCCCAGCCAUGAUGAAGCUUGCUGGUGAAAUGUUUCAAGACAUCCUGUCUAUUUCCUUUGCUCGUAACCACUUAAAAAACGUACAGCAGAUAUCGACAUUAGCACAAUAUCUACCAAACAUUCAAAAUAUAUCACUUUCAGAUAAUCUCAUCAAGGAAUACGAGGGCUUGGAAGCAAUCAGUGGAACAGGCAAAUUAAAGAACCUCAGAGAACUUUAUCUAGUGGGAAACCCUCUUCGUGAAUCAGAGUUUAAGCAACGUAACAGUGAUAGAGCAUACAUCAGAAAUAUAGUCAAAAGAUUUCCUACCUUGGUCCUCCUAGACGGUAUGCCCAUCCAUCUGACAGAGGAAGAAGCAGCUGCGGUGCACAAGACUGGACGUGUGUUGCCGUUAGACAAUCAACCAAACUUUUUUGACAGCGAAAUAACACGCUCUGUUACUGUUGACUUUUUAUGCAAAUUCUUUCAAGCCUUUGAUCAAGAUAGACCAACACUGUCCAUUCUCUACGAUGCUGACUCUGUAUUCUCAAUCACAACUAAUGUCAAACUUCGUUCACAACAGAAAUUAAAGAGAAAAGAUAAGAAGAAGCUGAUGGAUGACGAAGAAAUGCUGAACUGGACAUCGAUAAGUAGAAAUCUUAUGGGAAAAUCUAAAAGCAAAGGGCUUUUGAUUGGCCCGGAAGCUAUUGGAAGUACCUUUUGCAGAUUACCAAAGACGAUACACGAUUUACAAAAGACAGAAGAUUUUAUAGUAGAUGCUCAUCAAUCACCCGCAGGACUAGUCAUUUGCUUACAUGGUGAAUUUAAAGAAGAGGAGUCUUCGCCUCCUUAUUCGUACGAUCGUACUUUUCUUCUUCGUCCUGCAGCACCUACAUCACCGGCUACGGCUGCUGGUUGGCCAUAUACAAUCAUGAGCGACAUGUUAUGUGUCCGUGAUUAUAUUGGAAAUCAAGGCUUCAAACCUCAAGCACCAGUGCCUACAAGCAUAUUUGCAUCAUAUCCUGUUUAA